AUGUCAGCAAACUCGACGGAUUCGACUGAAAGCUGGCCAACCUAUAAAUCCAGUCAUGCUGCCGAUCUUCUUUACCAACCCUGGAGUAAAUUUGAGCAGAUGCGAAAUGCAAUCACCCCAAACCCCACCAAAAGCCGAAUCUUGAUGGGCGCCGGGGACCCUACAGCCAACCCCGGAACCCCACGUUGUCGCUAUGCGGCGGAAGCCCUUAUACGGGCUGUGCAAACCCAAGAAAACGAUGGAUAUCUCCUCUGGAGUGGUGGCAUCCCAGCCCGGGAAGCCAUCGCAGAGCAUUAUUCCUCUCCCACGCGGAAAUUGACCGCCGAAAAUGUGAUCAUGACCAUUGGCGGUGGACACGGGCUAGAACUUAUAAUCCAGGGCCUUGCUGAACCUGGAGAGAAUGUUUUAUUCCCGAAGGCUUGCUAUAAAGUGUAUGAGACCUAUGCAUUGGCCUAUGAAGUCAAGUUCCAAUCUUACAAGCUCAACGUUGAAGACGGACUAAUUGACCUGGUGGAUCUGGAAAAGCAGAUAAAUCCGAAGACGAAAGCGAUUUUUGUGACCAAUCCGCAUAAUCCACUAGGGACCGUGUAUCCUAAGGAGCAUUUGGAAGACCUGCUCAGAAUCGCUCGUAAACACCGGCUACCAAUCGUAAGUGACGAAAUCUACGGCAAAUUGACUUUUGGAGCCGAGUUCUAUCCUUUGGCCGAGUUGGAACCAAAGGUUCCUAUCAUUACUGUGGAUGCCCUAUCCAAGGCCUAUCUGGUACCUGGAUGGAGGUGUGGCUGGUUAAUUCUUGAUGAUUAUAAGAACUGCCUUGCCGAGGCUUGGUUUGGCAUGCGACAAUUAACGCUCAAAACGAUUGGGCCAUGCUCUGUCGUGCAAGCAGCAAUCCCUGACAUUCUAAAAAAUACACCUAAGCAUUACUUUACGGAUUUGCGCGCAACCCUCAAGCGAAAUGCGGAAUUAUUUACCGAAAAUUUGAAGAAUAUACCGGGAAUUAAGCCUAUUCAUCCGAGUGGUGCGAUUUAUUAUUGCGCCAAGCUUGAUCAGGCGGUUUUUGGAGCGGAUAUCGAAUUUAUGUGCAAAUUGUUGGAAGCGGAAGCUGUGACCGUGAUGCCAGGGAGUCUGCUGGGACUCGAUGGCCACUUCCGGGCUUUGCUGCUUCUGCCUGAAGCUGCGAUUUUGGACGCUUGCGAACGGAUCCAAUGUAUCGAAGGCGUUUGCCUGUGCAAACAAUUCCACAGAUACCAUGCCGCCAAUGGCACCUGCAUCCCAAAUGAGGAAGCCGUUUACCCUGGCCAAUCGGGUUGCGAUGACAGUCGACAAUGCAACAAAGGAUUCCCCGGAGCCCUGUGCGACAAAAUGAAAUCCUGCCAAUGCCCGGACGGAAUGAUCGCACAACAACAAACUUGUCUAACACCAAAUGCCCUGGCGAAUAUGAUAAUGGCUGAUCCGCAGUUGAGCACGAACAAUUAUCCUGGGCAGUUGAACUACGGCACUUAUCAAAGAUCCCCAAACCGUAGUUUGAGAAGAAGGCCAACCCAGCAGCAAAAUGUGGACAAUGGGUUGUGCGCUGUCGACUCUGAUUGUGCUGGCUAUCCGAUGUCUUACUGCGACGGCGUAUGUAAAUGUAUUUCCGGCGCCUUGAAUGCCGGAUCUACCUGUGUUUCCGGAGGAAUCGCCAUGUCAUCGAGUACUUGUUCUUCGGGUCAGAUUUAUGUGGCUGAGGCUGGCGCUUGUAUGACAAGCCAACAACCCGGAGAGCCGUGCCAGUACUCGCAGCAAUGCUCGGCCAACGAACCAGGAGCUUUCUGUUUGAAGCUAAAAUGCGAAUGCGUUUACGGCAUGCAACAAUCCGGUCCCGGAUGCACUUUUGUGGACAGUCAAUGCCCACAACGAGGCUUUAUCUGGAUUAGUGAGCUUGGCGCUUGCAAAGAAGUAAUUCCUCCUGGCGGCAAAGGAUGCUCUCACAAUCUGCAGUGCCAGGGUGCCUACCCCGACGCAACCUGCUUCUUACAGACCUGCUCCUGCCCACCCGAUUUCCCGAUUGCCAUCGAUGGUACUUGCGGCAGAAAUUGCUCAUCUGGAAUGACGUAUUCUGGAGUUACUGGUCAAUGCCUACCAACCGUCCAACCGGGCGAUCAGUGUCUAUAUUCCUCUCAAUGCCACGCCAUCCACCCGGGAAUGAUUUGUGACCGGAACCGAUGCACGUGCUCAAAUGGGCAGGUGUUCUCUGGAAAUCAAUGUACCGAAGUGUGCCCCCAAGGAUAUAGGGUUAACUCGAAGGGUGUUUGCUCGCCAGGUUGUACCCCAACUCAAAUCGAGUUCCAAGGCGAAUGUUUGAACCAAGCCACCCCCGGCCAAUCUUGCCUGGUGAAUGCUCAAUGUACUGGCGGAGCUUCAUGCCAGAAUGGAGUUUGCGUCUGUCCGUUGGCUAUGGUGCCAAGUGGUGGCGCUUGUAUGCCGGUCCAAGCCCCGCCAUUAGCCUCCUGUUUAAACGGGGAACAAUGCACCGGUGGUUCCUUCUGCGUCUCCGGAAACUGUUCUUGCCCACUCGGCCAAAGCGUCCUCAAUGGACAAUGUGUCACCCCAAUUGCAGUCCCCCCGAAUUCCCCCUGCAACCCAUCUGUGUCGUGUGGUGGUGGCUCGUCGUGUGUGAGUAAUGUCUGCCAAUGCCCGGCCAGUCAAGUUGUCGUCGAUGAGAUCUGCACACUUCCACCGGCUGUAAACCCUGGCGGACCCUGCCCAUCCGGGAUGGAACGCUGUCUGGGACAAUCAUCAUGCAUUAAUGGGGCCUGUACUUGUCCUUUUGGGACGACGAUCCAGAAUGCGCAAUGUAUCCCGAUUGCUGCGGCGAGUCCUGGGUCUCCAUGCGGAUCAGCUUCAACAUGCCACGGAUUAGCCGUCUGUAUCGAUGGAAUGUGCAAAUGCCCAUUCGGAAUGACCAUCCAAAACGGGGAAUGCCGAGCCGCCCCCACCGCUUCUGUCGGCUCCUCCUGUGCCAACGACGAAACCUGCGUCGGCGGCAGUCUGUGCAUUGGAGCUAUUUGUUCAUGCCCUACCGGAAGUCGAGCGAUACAAGGUGUUUGCACAGCCAUCGCCUCUGUUCAGCCGGGUCAAACCUGUUCCGCAUGUGUCUGCGAAAUCGGUCAAACGCCGACCGGCGAAUGCAUCAUCACCUCCAAACUUCGAGAUCAAUACAAACCAAGAUCACCACAGGCCGUUCCCAAGCCUUUCACCAACAAGGUCGUCGUCGAAAUCCCGAGGCGAAAGGAGCCGCUUGCCAUCGCCAACAAGGAAAUGAUGCGCCAGAUCAGCACUAACUCCCUUACUAACACCACCAUCCCUAAGAGUGUGGAUAUCGGUUCGGCCUGUGUUCGGGUGGGUGUGACAUGUGCUGGAGGUUCGGUGUGCGUCUCGGGGCUCUGCGUCUGUCCACUCGGGACGAUUCCGCAUCAUAAUCAAUGUGUGGAGCAUAGUACAGUCAACCCUGGAGAAUCUUGUGCUCGUGGAGAGGAGUGUACUGGCGGGUCGCAAUGUAAUGACCGAAGCUUGGUCUGCGAGUGUACGAAUCCACUGCAAAUCAUUAUUGGCGGCCGAUGUGAAAAUCGGCUUCGCUCCCAUCCUGGAUAUCCUUGCGGAAAUGGUGAAGUCUGUGUUGGCGGCUCUGAAUGUGUCGAUGGCCGGUGCCAAUGCACUAAUGGUAGAGUCAACAUCAAUAAACAAUGUAUCUACCGACCUGAUUCAAAGCCAGGAGCGCUGUGUGGAAAUGGUGAACGCUGCACCGGAAAUUCUGAAUGCGACCAGACCACGAAGAAAUGCACAUGUCCAAGGGGGAUGGCUUCGAUUGAGGAUGUUUGCACAGCUUUUUCAUUCGUUUUCCCAGGGGAGAGUUGUAUGUCACUAGCGGCUAGAUGCGGUGGACAGUCUUAUUGCGUCCGGGGUACCUGUCAAUGCGCUGAGAAUAUGGUACCGUUGAAUGGAAAGUGUACCCGUGUCAAGCAAGCAUUGCCUGGCACUCGUUGUUCUGCAGCUGAAAACUGUGUAGGUCGAUCGGCUUGCCGAGAUGGACAGUGUGUUUGCAUGCAUCCUCUAGUCUUGAGAGGACAUCGAUGCGAUACGCCGAGGAAUGUUGCACCCGGAGAAAGUUGCCGCCCUGGCGACAAUUGCCUCGCAAAUUCCGCCUGCAAGGAUAAUUUUUGUAUGUGCCCGGUCGGUCAAAUUGUCCGCCACCAACGUUGUGAGCCUAGGCGGAUGGUGAGACCAACAUACACCUGCUCAAAGGAAGAUAUCUGCACCGGGUUUUCCACCUGCCAGAACAAUGUCUGUGUCUGUCAGACGGGCCAGACUGUCGUUGAUGACAAAUGUGUGGAUGCAACCACCGCUCUCCCUGGCCAAGAAUGCGGUCGCAACGUCAUCUGCUCAGGAGGGGCUCAAUGCAUUGGAGAUAUGUGUGUCUGCGGAUCUGACCAGCGAAUUUAUGGAAACAAGUGUCAAGAUAUUAUUAGAGUUGGCCCGGAGGCUUCGUGCGCUAAAAAUGAAGUCUGCACUGGUGGGUCAACCUGCGAUCGAAAACACAGAAUUUGCCGCUGCCCCAACCGCCAAUUCGCAAGCCAAGGAAAAUGCGUCCCGAUCUCCGUUGAGAUCAGCCCUGCACGAAAGAUCGUACCUACCACUACUACCGCUGAACCCGAGGAAGAAAUGCUUACAAAAACUACAUCUGGAGUACGACCAACCACUUUCCACCGCUAUCGCUGUUACAGUAAUGAUGAUUGCAAAAAGUAUGGUAGCGGAAGCGUCUGUCGAUACCGGAUCUGCGCUUGUCCGGCUGGAAUGGUUAUGAACAGGCAGAGAAAAUGCGAGCCAGCUCCGGAUCUACCAAGACCUGCACUCCUCCAUCGCGAUUGCACUUCCACAUCACAAUGUGCUAUCGCAAAUUCAGUCUGCGAACAAGGCCAAUGCAUCUGUAUCCCGGGCUACAGAAUAUUUGGUGGAACGCAGUGCAUAUUACGAGGGCCGCCCACUACGACACCAGCGCCUAUAGAGAUCACAACCUCACAAUUCGUCACUUCAAUCACACCAAAGAAUCGUGAAAUUCCGCCAGUCGCCCAACUUCGUGAGCUUCAAAAAGAAAAGCACGGUUCUACCCUCGUUUCCGCGACGUACAAACCGAUCACUUCAAAUUCAAUCCCCACGGAAGAAAAUGUAGAAAGCCCAAAGGAAUCUGCGCUGAAGGCAAUAGAAGAAGAAAAGAAGAUCAUCAGUGUUCUGGAGAAUAUUUUUGGAAAGGGGAGACCGGAAAGCGCCGUGAAACCGACACCAACGACGCAGACCCAAACCACUAUUCCAACAACGAUGAGCCCCGUAGUUACAGUAGCUACGAUUAGACCUGCGUCUACUACAACUACGACCUCUCCUACUACCUUAUCAUCUAGUACUUCCAAAUCUGUAUCCACCUCAGUUGAGCCCGAAAUCAAAAUUGUGUACCCUGGCCAAUGGUGUGACGAUAUGCACGUUUUCUGUUCCAACGGCUCAACGUGUGUUCUUAAUACAUGUCAAUGCCGUCCUGAUUUGGUUCUAAUAGAACAGAGGUGCAUAGCACCUGUUGAAGCACGUCGUUGUAUCGCGUCAAACCAAUGUCCGUCUGGAGCUGAAUGUGUGCGCGGACGUUGUGUUUGCCCGUCUGGGAUGGCGCUCAGCCGAUUCGGCUUCUGUUUGUCGAUCGUAUUCGUCGACCCUGGAAUGAGCUGCGCUGAUGGUGAACAAUGCAGAGGAGACUCAACAUGUGUAGAUGGCAUAUGCGCGUGCAACGAAGGCCUCAUCCUCACUAAAGACAACAAAUGCCGACCUCCAAUCAGUGACGAGCUAGCUAACAAUCGCUUCCAAUUGCAUGCCCAAGAUCAAGAUUCACCGCAUGUGCAUGCAAAUGCCGCUAACAACCAGCAGCCAACAAAACGGAUGAAACGCCAGGAUCCGCUUAUAACAAAGCAUCUGCCUGGGGAGAGCUGCUCAGGGGAUGUUGACUGUAUCAACCCGUCGCUAUGCCUCGAUACAUUUUGUCGCUGUCCGCCAAGCCAUUUUCAAAGCGGCAAUGUUUGCAUCGAUAAAAAUGCAGUAUCGAGUUCGAUCUCUCUACCUGGUGAUCAUUGUUCGCAAAAUGAUGUGUGUGAUGGGGGUGCUGUUUGUGUUAAUCACGUGUGUAAAUGUCCGGCGGCCAUGGUUCCGGAAGGGCCAUUUUGUUUCCAAGUUACUGCCAAAUCAGGGCAAAGCUGUUCGAAUGGAGAGCUGUGUCUAAACGGUUCACUCUGCAUUGAAGGAACCUGCUCGUGCCCUACUGGUUUUAACGAUGUUGAUGGACAAUGCAUAAAGAAGAAAAUUGCCAGACAAAACAUAGCCACCAGCUGCAUCCAAAAUCCUUCCAUUUGCCCGGGUGGCUCCUACUGUGGCAAUGGGAUUUGUGUAUGUCCGUAUGGGCAAAGCUUUAUCAAUGGAAUCUGCACGACAAAUUCCAAUACCGGGACCAAUGUACAGUACGCAUCCCCCGGUGCUGCGUGCGUCGACGGUUCGACCCGUUGUCUUGGAAAUUCAAUUUGCAUCAACAGUUUCUGUAUUUGCCCGGGUGGUGAACAAAUUAGGAAUGGAAUGUGCGUCGCAAUCGACAGUGAUGCUUCUCCCGGGGAAAUGUGUCAAACCGGCAUCACCACUUGUACCGGGAAUUCAUACUGCACGAAUAAUAUUUGUAGAUGUCAAUCGACCCAGGUAAAUCUCAACGGCCAGUGCAGUAAUGUGCUUCAAGCUAGUGUGAGCAAUUGCCAAAGCUGUCCAAGUAAUUCGCAAUGUGUCAGAGAUCAAUGUCAAUGUAAUAACGGCUACCAAAUGUCUUCAAACAAUUUUUGCCUCCGAUACGCCUAUCCGGGGCAACAAUGCGAUUACAGCUCUACCUGCCAGUCGAACUCAGCUUGUCAAAAUAGUAUCUGCACUUGUAACUCGGGCUAUACCAUGACACAAGGACUAGCUACACCUUCUUGUGUACAAGCUGCAAACCCUGGGGAAUUCUGUAGCAGCAAUUUACCGUGCGGCUCAAAUAGUCAAUGCUUGCUGGGACAAUGCGCCUGCAAUCAAGGAUAUGCGCCUUCCAACAAUGGAGCAUACUGCGCCGAAAUCGUGCAAGCCAAUCAAGCGUGUGGCCAGCAAAGCAUUUGCGUUGCUAAUUCCCAGUGUUCCAACGCGCAAUGCAACCCUAUUGUACGAACCAUCAGCUGCCAGCCGGGCUUCACCUACGAUCAAACAAGCCAGCAAUGCAUCCGGGUGGUAGCGCUUGUCGCCAGCCCACAAGAAAAUUGCGGUCUAAAUCCCCCGUGUGCAGAGAAUUCAUACUGUAACCAAGGGCAAUGCUCAUGCAAUAACGGCUAUUACUAUUCUUCGUCGAGCCAACCAAACUGCCAGCCCUUCAUCCAAGCCAACCAGCCAUGCCAGCAGAAUUCGGUGUGCGUCCAAAAUUCGGCAUGCAACUCAGGGACCUGUCAAUGCAACAAUGGAUAUCAGUACAGCAAUGGAAACUGUAUGGCUAAUGAUAAUUACGCGCAUCCGGGACAGUCUUGUGGAAACGGCCAAAUAUGCCAAGGCGGUUCUCGAUGUGAUGGUACUGUAUGUCGAUGUCCAUUCGGUUUUUUCCCUGCUGGACAACAAUGCGUACCGGCCAAUCAGGAUCCUUACAUUUCGAUUACUAUAGUUCCGGACAAUGUAUAUCAACUAUCGCUGGGGAGCCAAUGUGAGCCACGCUGUAAUACCGAUGCAAAUUGCAAUCAACGUUGCGGCUACAGCAGUAUUUGCUCCACAAGAGGGCUUUGCACGUGUCCGGUUGGCUAUAUUCAGGUUGGAAAUAGCUGCGUGAAUAAUGGUGGCAGUUCUUGCGGGGCUUGUGGAACGCCAAUGCCUGGAGACCGCUGCAAUAACACCGCGCCUUGUGGUGGCGGAUCUGUCUGCGUCCUGGGAAUUUGUGCCUGCCCUCCAGGAUAUAACCCAAGUAUCGAUGGGCUCUCUUGUGAGCAAGCGACGGCUCCAUUGACCCUUCAAAGAAUGGCGAAGAAAAAGGAAUGCUCAAAAGAUACUGAAUGUUCCGGAGGAAUGCACUGUGUUUCCAAGACCUGUAUUUGCCCAAGGGGCACAACAUUGAUCGAUGGAAAAUGCGCUUCUGUAAUGAGCAGCGGCUCGAAGCGCUCUCCAGUAUAUCCAGGAAGCUUUUGCGCAAAUACCCCGCAAUGUCAAAAGAAUUCGCAAUGCUUUUUGAAUCGAUGCGUCUGUGUUGGUGACAGAAUGACAAACUCUACUGGUCAUUGCGUUUCUCCAUUUGAAGCUGAUACCGGUGAAGCUCUACCUGGCUCGCGGUGUACGGUAGGCGGUCCGCCUUGUAUGGGAGAUUCGAUCUGUGAUCAAGGAUACUGUGUCUGCCCUCUUGGCACAGAAACAACUAUGGAACCAUACUGUUCUCGAACAGAUGGAGAACCACCACUUCUCCAAUUUGCGCCGAAUUCAGAAGCGUUAUCGACAAAGACUUCGUGUUCGACAUACAAGGAAUGCAAGAGUCCUCGAGUCUGUGGUGCUUCUAAACUGUGCGAAUGUCCUUUCUUUAUGCGAGAAGAUGAACGUGGAGUUUGCGUACUUUAUAAUGACGUAGCGCCGGGCAAACCCUGCGACUACCCAUCAGCACGUUGUGCAAACGGCUCGGAAUGCGUGCAAAAUUUGUGCGCAUGCAAGAGUGGUCUUACACUAACAAAUGGUGUUUGCAUGGCAGAUAGCAGAGCACGGCCUGGCGAACUAUGCAUGGAAGGCGUUGAAUGCGAUCACGGAGCACAAUGCAUCAAUAAUAUCUGCAAAUGCCCGAUUGGGAUAACGGAAUUUCAAAAGCCUUGCAAGACUGUGGGGAAGAGGAGUGUUGAUACUAACAAAAUAGAGGAUGACUUGAGGCUUCGACCUCCCACUCCAACUAAGGAAGUUCUGACUGAUUGUCCAACAGAUGGUUCUUGCAAAUUGCCGGAUUGUUUCUGCUCGCGAACUGGCUCGACUAUUCCUGGAAACCUAAGCCAAAAAGAAACACCUCAAAUUAUUAUCCUGACCUUCGACGAUCCAGUAACUGACCGUACGAUCAACAUUUACAAAAGUUUACUGGAUGGCCGGAUCCGAAAUCCGAACGGAUGCGCUAUUAAAGGAACGUUCUUCAUCUCCCACCAAUGGAACAACUACGACCAAACACAAUGGCUGUACUCGAGAGACAACGAGAUUGGCGUCAAUUCUAUCACCCAUGAGACCCUUACUACAGCUACCGAGCAAAGGUGGCGCCAUGAAAUGGGCGGUCUGAGGGAAUCGCUGAAGGAGUUCAGCUACGUUGAGCAAGACUCGAUCAAGGGAAUCCGUGCACCACAGUUGUUGAUUGGAGGAGAUAACCAAUUCACGAUGAUGCAAAAGGCUGGCUUCACCUAUGACAACUCCAUUCCACUACGCGGUGGUCCCUAUUGGCCGCAGACCUUGGAUCACAAGAUGGCAUGGGAUUGCGAGGAACAGAACUGUCCUACGAAGCCCUUUAAGGGUCUAUGGGAAAUCCCGAUCCACCAGCUCAUCUCUACAAAUGGAAAAUAUGCCGCGAUGGCUAGGUCGGCGAUACGGCCAUUUGACAGUCGAGAUGGCGUGGCGAAUAUGUUGAAACGAAACUUUUUAAAACAUUACAAAGGCAACCGAGCCCCGUUCGUAAUUACGGCUGACACAGAUUUCUUGACGAUUUUGCCUGAUAAUGGCGCUGUCAACGCGCUUUCUGAUUUCUUGAAUGACGUGCUAAACCGCACUGACGUCUACGUGGUCACCGCUUCACAGGCGAUAGAAUGGAUGAAGAAACCGACAAAGGUGGCCGAAAUCGAAAGAUUUGCUCCCUGGCAGUGUCAAUUUUUAUUGAACGAUCAUGUGCAGCCAUGCGAGAGUCCAUCCGUGUGCACCUAUUCAGCCUCAUCCCUACAGGGGGGCACCCCACAUUCCUUCCGGGUGUGUGGCUCCUGUCCACUCGCGUACCCCUGGAUUGAGAAUCCGCUUGGCAAGCGACUAUUGACUGUC